CUUGCGAAAAGCAGGAAGAAGACAGGUAAAGGUGAUCUCUUCCGCACACCUAUAUGUUUUGUUGAGUUCUUUGUAUCACCAUUUCAGUCGACGUACUGUAUGUAACUAAGGACUAAAAUGGUGACGAAUGAGGCGACCAACCGGCCAGACAACACUGCCUUCACCCAGCAGAGGCUUCCAGCCUGGCAGCCCAUGCUCUCUGCUGGCAUCAUCAUCCCUGGCUUUGUCCUCAUCGGCCUGGCUUUCAUAGGCAUCGGCGUGGCUCUCUUCAUCACUUCACGGAGCAUACAAGUGUUGGAGCUUGAUUAUACUGGGGUGGAGCAAAACUCACCAUGCUUCAGGUGUUCAGACCCUGAUGUGAGGGACUGUGUGUGCACACUGGAGUUCUCUAUCAACACCCUGUUUGAGGGGCCUGUGUUCUUUUAUUACGGACUGUCCAACUACUUCCAGAACUACAGAAGAUAUGGUGUCUCCAGAGAUGAUAACCAGCUAUAUGGAGACUUGGACAGCUUCAAGUCUCCAAUUGAUGAAUGCGAACCCUAUAAAUAUAACGGCAACAACCAACCGAUCGUGCCAUGUGGCUCUAUCGCAAACAGCAUGUUUAACGACACAUUCAGGCUGUUUCAGAUCGUGAAUGGCCAACAAAGGCCUGUGCCUUUGGAUGGAAAAGGGAUCGCUUGGUGGACAGACUACAACAUCAAGUUCAGAAACCCCAGUGUCACGCCUCUGAGGAACGCAUUCAACGGCACUGUCAAGCCACCGUUUUGGUCCAGACCGGCUUAUGAGUUGGACACCUCAGACCCUACAAACAACGGCUUCAUCAAUCAAGACUUCCUCGUGUGGAUGCGAAGGGCCGCCCUGCCUGAUUUCCAAAAACUGUACCGUCGAAUCACAGAGGGGGAUUAUGCAGAGGGUCUCCCAGCGGGAACCUACUCUUUGGAAAUUUCUUACAACUACCCUGUGUUGAGCUUCAACGGCAGAAAGAAGGUUGUGUUCAGCAACGUGUCCUGGAUGGGCGGCAAGAAUGAGUUCCUGGGUAUCGCCUACCUGGUGAUUGGCUCGCUGUGUGUUGUCAUGUCAGUGGUCAUGCUCAUCGUCUAUGCCAAAUUCAAGUUCCCAGAGGAGGACUGAGCAUCUUUUAUGGUUGACUGUCAGCAAGUUUUAAUGCACACUACACAUGAGCUGAUUGGGAAUUUGAUGGUGGAGACAUCAAGAUUGCCUCUACAACAUGCAUUAAGGCUGAUUAUGUAUGUGUUUCCUUGGCUUCCAUGUCUUGAGAGCGGAACAACCUAAUUAUGCUGUUACAAAUUUGAGAGAUCAUUGCUCAAAAGCUAAAAAAAAAAUCACAAUGAAAAUAUAUGUUAAGCCUGUUGUGAAUGACAUCUAUGACGUAUCGACUGCUAUGACUUAAAAGACGAAGGCAGAGUGGCUUUGCACACAGGCUGUUUAUUUUUUAAAUCCAUGUAUGCGGCAGGGUUUUGUCUCAGGGUUUAUUUUUGCUGUAUUUUACUUCAUUGAUUUUUACACACUAGGAUACCUCCAUUUUAAAUUAGCAGCACAGGCCAAGAAGUUGGAUUAGCGCAUUAAAAUGUAAAUGCAACUUGUUUUACUCAGUGAAUCUCUUUCCUGGCUUUGCAAGCCUGUUGAACUUUUACCUUUUAAUUUUUGUUCUUCAUUUUACUUAAUGUUCAUAUUUAUGCAAUAAAACGAUGCAAAAACUU